AUGGGAAGUGCCCAAGAGCCUGUCGAGCAAGACCACGGCAGCCAGACGCCCAAGCGACCAGGAUCGCUGCGAAGCCGAUCGGCGAAGACGUCGCCAGGUGCUUCUCCUACAGGCCUUUUCGUGGCCUCCGACAUCAUUGCCCGUCUGCCGGAAAGGCACAAACUGGACCUCCAGGUGCAAAUGCACCGCCAAGCAGACCAAUCUGCAGAAAUGCUGGCGCUGUCACGGUGUUUGUUGUCGGACGAUGCGCAGCCAGAGGGUUGGUCCGGCACGACCUGGCUAAGCAUUGUCCGAAAGGAGCUUGUGGAGCUGGAUGACCGUCUGUCACGGCAGCUGCAGCGCAUCCAAAGCCAGAGCGAUCGCGUAAUGGAGGUCGUGCUGACCUCACUUGAGGAGAAAGUGGCACAGGUCAUGUCCAAUCAGCCCAUGAUGGAGUGGCGUUUGGCCGAACUCGGCGCAAGCGUCAAAGGCCUGCAGGAGCAGCUGGAGACCCAGGCAUGUCGGACAGAUGCUACAGAGGCACGGUUGCAGAGGUGGAAAACAACCAUAGAGUCGGAUAUGCAAAACCUCACCGUGGGAGCUCCCGUCCCGGUGCAGGCCGAACCAGUUGCACGGAGCUUGGAUGCGGAAGCUUGCCGUGCUGCCGUGCUGGCGGAACUGCGCGGGAGCACAGGUGGCCCCAAUGGCGUGCAGGAGUCAGGCUCGGCUGGGCUUCACCUGGAGGACAUUGCCGCCGUGGCUACGCGCGUCUUCGGAGCAGAAACUGCAACGCUGAAGGAUCAGAUCGCGGCGUUACAGGAGGUGCAGGACGCCCUGAGGGGCGAAGUCGCUCGACUGGCCGACCGACCAGCGAUGCAGGUCGAUGCAAGCAGCCCCCCUUCUCUGAGUGACCGGGUGGAGAGGGCAGAAGCAGCCGCUUCAAGCCAGCGACGGGAAGAGCUGGAGGCAUCAGUUGCCGAGGUCACUGAGGUUUCAAUACAGGCAGGGCCGGCAGAACGUGCUGGCGCGAAGGAAGUCCCGUCAGCUUCAGAGGAGGCACUCGCUGGACUGGAGCAGGUCCAGGCUCGCCUGGAGCAGCUCGAAGCUACCCUGGAAGGCCUUCCGAAAGCGGUUCCAAUCAUGGAGUUCCAGGAUUUGCAGGCCGAGGUUUGCAGCUCAAAGCGCCGGAUCGACAGCAUCGAAACGGCGGGUUCCUCAAGUUUGGAGCGGGUGCAAGAGGUCGCAGCUGCAAUGGCUGGUCUCAAGAACAACAUAGAGGACUUGAAAGCGACCGCCGCUAAUCCUGCCGUGGACAUGGUGGACAUUCGAACGUCGAUGCUAAAGCUUAAGACGCGCGUGGAUCACUUUGAGUCUCAGCUGCAGCCCGCCAAAGUGCGAUCAGCCAUCACACGUGUUGACCGCAUGGAAGCUGCUAGCGCAGCCUGCCAGGCUCAACUGCAACAGCUGUCAGGUUCACUCGAAGAUACCAAAGAAGGUAUGCAAGGGUGGAGAACUACUGCAGACGAGACGCUGGUCGGACUUGCAAACGAACUGCACGCCUUUCGAGAUCAAGUGGAAACAUUAGAGGCUGCCCAUUCGGAAGCCCAGAAAGAGAUGCACCUGCUUGAAGCUGCCUUGGACGAAAUGAAAGAGUCCCGACAGCCGCACGUGACCACCGAGUUCGGUGAAGAUUGCCGAGCAGCAUUCCAAAGCAUUGGGCAACACACGGAUGAACUGCAAGCCAUCAAACGGCAGCUCGGAAGUUUGCAGAGCGAGAUGGAAGCCAACGGGCUGAAUGAUAUCAAUGGCCGUGUCGAGCAGGUGGAGGCUGCAAGCGCAGCGGGUAACACGCAGCUGCAGGAGCUUGCAGCAUCGAUUGGUGGCAUCCACGAGUCUGUAAAGCAGCUGGAGGGUGUCGUGGCGCCGCUAGAUGCGACGAUGCCGGCGGCAGUUGAGGCCAUGAGGAAGCAAAUCGUGAGUCUGCAGAACGAUAUCGAAGCCAGCAGGCUGAAUGACAUCAGCGGCCGCAUCGAGCACUUGGUUUCUGAAAGCGCAGCAGGACGGGCGCAGGUGCAGGAGCUUGCCGCAUCGAUUGGUGGCAUUCAAGAGUCUGUAAAGCAGCUGGAAGGUGUUGUGAGCCCACUAGAUGCCGAGCUCCCGGCAGCAGUUGCGGCCAUGAGGAAGCAGAUCGAGAAUGUGGAGUCGAUGGAAGCCAGCAGGCUGAAUGACAUCAGUGGCCGCGUCGAGCAUGCGGUUUCUGAAAGUGUAGCAGGGCGUGCGCAGCUGCAGGAGCUUGCGGCAUCAUUUGGUGGCAUCCAGGAGUCUGUCAAGAGGCUGGAAGGUGUUGUGCACCCACUAGAUGCAGAGCUUCCGGCGGCAGUUGAGGCCAUGAGGAAGCAGAUGAAUGUGGAGGCGGUGCAAGCCAGCAGGCUGAAUGACAUCAGUGGCCGCGUCGAGCACGUGGUUUCUGAAAGCGCAGCAGGACGGGUGCAGGUGCAGGAGCUUGCCGCAUCGAUUGGUGGCAUUCAAGAGUCUGUAAAGCAGCUGGAAGGUGUUGUGAGCCCACUAGAUGCCGAGCUCCCGGCAGCAGUCGCGGCCAUGAGGAAGCAGAUCGAGAAUGUGGAGUCGAUGGAAGCCAGCAGGCUGAAUGACAUCAGUGGCCGCGUCGAGCAUGCGGCUUCUGAAAGUGCAGCAGGGCGUGCGCAGCUGCAGGAGCUUGCGGCAUCAUUUGGCGACAUCCAGGAGUCUGUCAAGAGGCUGGAAGGUGUUGUGCACCCACUAGAUGCAGAGCUUCCGGCGGCAGUUGAGGCCAUGAGGAAGCAGAUGGAUAAUGUGGAGUCGAUGCAAGCCAGCAGGCUGAAUGACAUCAGCGUCCGUGUCGAGCAUGUGGUUUCUGAUAGCGCAGCAGGUCGUGCGCAGUUGCAGGAGCUUGCCGCAUCGAUUGGUGGCAUUCAAGAGUCUGUAAAGCAGCUGGAAGGUGUUGUGAGCCCACUAGAUGCCGAGCUCCCGGCAGCAGUUGCGGCCAUGAGGAAGCAGAUCGAGAAUGUGGAGUCGAUGGAAGCCAGCAGGCUGAAUGACAUCAGUGGCCGCGUCGAGCAUGCGGUUUCUGAAAGUGUAGCAGGGCGUGCGCAGCUGCAGGAGCUUGCGGCAUCAUUUGGUGGCAUCCAGGAGUCUGUCAAGAGGCUGGAAGGUGUUGUGCACCCACUAGAUGCAGAGCUUCCGGCGGCAGUUGAGGCCAUGAGGAAGCAGAUGGAUAAUGCGGAGUCGCUGGAAGCAAGCAGGCUGAAUGACAUCAGCGGCCGCGUCGAGCGUGUGGUUCUGGAAAGCGCGGCAGGACGUGCACAGCUGCAGGAGCUUGCAGCAUCGAUUGGGUGCAUCCAAGAAUCUUUUAAGCAGCUGGAGGGUGUCGUGGUGCCACUAGAUGCGACGAUGCCGGCGGCAGUUGAGGCCAUGAGGAAGCAAAUCGUGAGUCUGCAGAACGAAAUCGAAGCCAACAGGCUGCAUGACGCCAGUGGUCGCGUGGGUCACUUGGAGGCCGCAAGCGCAGCAGGCCGUACACAGAUGCAAGAUCUUGCUUCUUCGGUCGACGGCAUCAAUGAGUCAGUGAGGCAGUUGAAGCAGCGUGUGACAGAGUCAGAUGCGGAAGUUCCGGCUGCAGUUGAGGCAAUAAGGCUGCAGAUAGACAAGUUGCAACUGGCGAUGGAGGCCAACAGCCUGAAUGAUGCCGGUGGUGCGGAUGAGGCUACAAGCUCUGGACAUCUGCAAGAGCUGCUUGCAGCUUCGAUCGACGGUAUCCGCGAGUCUGUCAGAUUACUACAGCAGCUGCGACACAGCGUCGCCGAGCCAGACGCAGAGCUGACUGGUCAAGUUGAGGCCGUGAAGAAGCAGAUGGAUAAGUUGCUGCUGGAGAUGGAGGCCAACAAGCUGAAAGACGUCAACAGUAGCGUUCAGAUGCAAGAGCUAGCAGCAACGGUCGACGGCAUCCGAGAGUCUGUAAAGCAGCUGCGAUCUGUUGUGGGGCUCCACGGUGGAGAGCUCCCGGAAACAAGUGGUCCUGGAGUUCAGGUUGAUAGCGCGCCUCUGCCGACCUCUCCUUGCCGAAACCUUUCCGCUGCUCUGCACGAGAUUUCCGCCCGUGUGGAUCACGUGGAGAGUGCAGCGUUGGCCCGGCAAGAUCGACUGGAGCAGCUGACAGGUGACAUGGCGAGCAUUGCAGCAGAGGUGCAGCAGCUGGAAGCAAUUACCGGCAAGCCUGGAAGCUCCGGCUACAAGUCUGAUUAUCAUGAGGCAUCUGCGCAGCCUCUGACGACUGCUGUUGCAGAUGUCGUGUCGCGUGUAGCUCAAGUUGAGCACGAGACUUCAACGAGGCGCACGCGAAUGCAAGAAAUCUACAGCUGUGUUCAAGAGCUUCAAGCUCAAAUCGAGAAGCUCGAAGCUAAUAUCAUGCAGCCCGCGUGGAGACCGCAAACAUCUUUUUCUGAGAUGGACUCUCUGCAGCUUUCGCCGUCCGUGGCACCUACAGUUGCUGCAGACACCGUGCAUGACUUGCAGACGCAAGUCGGCGAACUUGAAGUCGCGAGCUCUUUCCGGCAUCAGAGAGUCCAUGACCUUACUUCUGCCGUGGAUGAGCUGCGCACACAGCUGCAGGAGGUGUGCGAAAAGGCUUCGGCAGUGGAGCUCGAAGGACGGAAGCUGACCUCAGAAGUGGAGGACGUGAGACUCUGCGUGGACAGACUGGAGCGUCAAAGACAGCAGGCCGCAAGCGGGCAGAGCGUCGAGGCUGGACCACUGGUGUUGGAUGCUGCUGCCAAGUCCUGGAUGGAUCGUCAGGUCGCCCACGUUCUAGACAGAGCUGCGGAUAAUUUCGUCUCUCUGCUGGAGACGACGAACCGCCGCCUGGAUGCUGCGAUCACCAAGCAAGAGAGCGUAAACGAGGAGCUGCAGCACAGCACGUCGAAAGGUCCAGCAAAUGACGAUGUGGUGCAGCUUCUCCACAGCCUGAGGCAAGAGCAUCGCCUUGAAGCAGCUGCGCUCUGGGACGGCUUGGCAGACCUUGCAGACCACCUCGGCGCAGAUGCCGGACGCUUCAUGCAGGCAGGGUCACACGUCGGCUUGUGGAGUUGUCAGAGGCGGGGACGGUGA